GUUUCAAGUGCCACAGCUACCUUUGCAAUGAUGUUCUCCUCAUCAAUGUCUGUCAUAGAAUAUUACCUUCUAAAACGUUUCCAGUUCCUUAUGCUCUCUACCUUAUUGUUGUGGCAACAAUUGCUGCUUUUGUUGGGCAACAUGCUGUGAGAAAACUGAUCAAUUUAUUGGGAAGGGCAUCUCUAAUCAUCUUCAUUCUGGCCUUCACGAUCUUUGUUAGUGCAAUCUCCCUAGGUGGAGUUGGCAUUUCAAAUAUGAUUGGGAAGAUUGAGCGGCAUGAAUACAUGGGUUUUGAGAACCUCUGCAAGUAUGAGGCUUGA